UCGUUGACAUAGUUAUUGUGCGAAUGUAAUUUUAAUUUUGAAUGUACGUCAAAGUAUAUCAUAAACAAUGGAAAAGUUUGAUUGAACAUCUAAAUCAUUAUAUGAUAUGUUAUGAAGAAAUUUGAAUUGUAAAAACGGUGGAGUUGACUCAUGAGAUGGCGUAUAAACUCCACAAGUAUCUGAAGAUUGUAUAAGAGCUUAACUCACUGAUGCUAGGUGGAAGUACUGCAUUGCUUUGAAUGGAGUGCGAUCAGACCGCGAAAUCAGCUUAACUGCAUUUGUUAACACACUCAUAAAGUUCAAAAAGAGUAUCUGCUCGGGCCAUUGUAAAGUCUAUCAAAUCACAUUUUAUGGUACAUUUUAUCUAAAACAUUAGCAUUCAAAAGGUAUAAAAACCAAAAAAUAUGAGAAAUUACUAGUACAUUUCAAGCGCAAAAGAUUACAAUUAUCUAAAAGCAGUUUGUUGAAAAAAAAGUACGUGUAAAAGGAGAAUUCGAAAAAAAUGCAGAAGUUGUUAGCAAUUUUUCUUGUUAUUGGCAUCGUGAACGCGGGACCCACGCCUCAGCCUGAAGUCUUUGAUAUUCCAGUCAAAGUGGUUCAAUCAGCAGUGAAAAAAUUAGUCGCUGACGGCGCUAAGACAGCAGGUCCAGUUAUUUUAAUCCUUGCUCCAUUGUUUGAAUGUGAUAUAAAAGAGGAUGACAUCGAUCCCGGAACAUACAAGUUACCACUUGAUCCAAAUGAUAUUGGCAAUGCUUUGAAUGUAGUUGACAGCGACAGUGAGUCAUUUGGAUCGUUGGCCGAAUCCGAAAAAGAUGUUACAGGCGUUCUUGCAGGUUUGACUUCUGGAGCAAACUCUGUACUGGCUCCUGCGGUCCAAGCAGCAUUUCUAAAGUUAUCUCAAGAAAAUAUUAAUACAUUAGGGCCAAUGAUCGUAAGGAUGGGCCCCAUAUUCAAAGUUCAUAUAACUAAGGAUGGUAUAUCAGAAAGAGCCUAUAAUCUUCCAGCAAAUUCAUUAAAAAUUGCCAACGCUUUGCGUGUAUUUAGUGCAAAUAACGUUAAAGACUUGACACAAGGUUCAUUGAAUGAACUUUUGGAACAAUUGGGGAAUGUAUUGGGUGGUCUACUGGGAUAAGCGGCUUCUUUACCGACACAAUGAAGCUUGAUUGAUGAAUGGUGAAUUUAAAUCGUCAGUAAAAAUCAUUUGAAGCAAUAAAAUUCUUGAACAACAUUGUUUUUCAUUCAUUUACAAUUUUUGAAUUACAAAAGAGCAGAACACACACCUAAAAAUAAUAUGUAAUAAAACAAGUUCACUCACUCUUUGUAGAAAUUAUUGAAUGAUCCAUUCUAUACUUUGUUUAUUUUCUAGGUGCAAGAUGUUUUUCUUAAUCGAAAAAAUGAAGCAAAACAAGAAAAUACGAAACGCUAAUUAAUAGAAAAAAUUGCACAAAAAAAGUCGGAAACAAAUGUCUGGCUGUGUCUGGCGUUGAAAAUGUGUGUUCGGAAACAAACUUUAAAUAAUUACACUAUUUAAAAUUAGUUCAGAUUACGAGCAGACGAUUUAAUGUGAUACACUAUUUGAUUUGUGCUCGCAUGAGGUCAAAUAUGUACAAUUAACUGUUUAAACAUAUUUGACGUGACUAAUAAGCUAGGGGGUAGACAUGAUUCAUUUGAUUCACUGUGAUUCAAAAGAUUCACAUUGUUUAGAUGACAUUUGAAAUGUCACUUAUGUGUCAUGAAAGAAGUAUUUAUUGAUAAAUUAAAAUUAUUUGUCUUCGAAAAAAUGA